GCCUUAAAUGAGCUGACUAAAAUUAAUAUCAUUGACUUUACUUCAUUUACUGAAUGUCGGACCGUCUUUAUUGUCGCUGAUAAUGUGAACAUUCCUAAACCUUUACUUGGCUUGCAAAGAUGGCUGGUCAUCGCACAUACUUAUGUAUGAAGUAUUCAAUGGUAUUUUCCUGUGCAGUGAUAUUCCUGAGUGGAAUGUUGCUGGUCGGCCUGGGUGCAUGGAUGAGAUACGGUGCGGCCUCACUGGUCGACUUGAUGGGCCAUUAUUCUAUGCAGCUUAUCAACCUCAGCUACAUCUGCAUUGCUAUGGGCUCCAUCGUCAGCCUCACCAGUAUCAUGGGGUGUGCAGGGGCCUGCAGAGAGAAUCGCUGCCUCCUGUCAAUGUUCUUUAUCAUUAUGAUGAAGUGGGUUGUUGCACAGACCGUCGGUGUAUUUGUUGUGAUGGUGUACAGUCGUUCAGUGGGGUUCAUGCUGAAUGAUGCCUUUAAGGACUCCUUGGUGAAGUUUUACCUGGGAGUAUCUGCUUCAGACCCCAUAUCCACAGCAUGGAAUGUUGUCAUGACCAAGUUCAGUUGCUGUGGCUUUAAAAACAUGACCGCCGACUUUGUGGGGUCCGCGUUCACUCAGACCACAGGGCUGGCUUACCCAAAGACCUGCUGUGCCAACAUAACCUCUGCCUCCUGUGAUGGCGUCACCAUUGUCCCCAACCUUAUCCACCCCGAGGGCUGUUUUGACAAAGUCAUUAAUGUGAUCAAGAGAGAGAGUACAGUAUUGGGAGCAGCUGUAGGAAGCAUGGGUGUGAUUGAGAUUGGAUCCCUGAUGCUGUCCAUGAUUCUGUUCAUGAAGCUGGGCAGCAUGCAGUACGAAGUUCAAGAGCGGAAACGUAGGGUCAGGCCACAACCAUCUGAGCACAGAGAGCCAUAGAAUUAAGGCUGUUACACAAAAGAAAUCACCAUGACUAAGGUCAGAUCAGAGUGAUGAAGCAACAAAGUAUUACAUUUCUUGCUCAGAUUUCUCAACUACAUUUGUUAUGUAUACACAUUGUUUGAGACAGAUUAAAACUUUUUUUUUGUGGGA